AUGAAAAAGCUAUUUCGUUCCAUUUUCACUCUUCCUUCUAUACCAAAGCUUCACUUUAUCUCUGGAGCGGAAAGUGAAAAGGAUGCAGAUAAUAAAUCCACUUUUCUUAAUAAAUCUCAAACUAAUGAUGCAAUACAAGUGAUUCAGCAAUAUCAUCCAUCUGUGCGAAGGAAAUUUAACGAAGAUUUUGGUUUGGAUGCAGAGAUACCGAGACCCAUGAAAGAGUUUUCAGUAAUAGAUUGUUAUCAGACAGGAAAUUUGAAAAAUAUUAGGCAUCACAAGCUUUCUCCAAUACCAGAAGAAACGGAAGAAGAGUUGGCGAGAUGGAACGAAUCAACUGAAUUUGAUACUAAUUUAACUUGGACGACAAAGCAAAAGGAAAAAUAUAAUGAAAAUAAAAUGCAUCAAAUAAGAAAUUGUUUACUGUCAAAGGAACAACAAGCUUCUUUUACAAAAAAUGCACCUGAAAUGAUAAAAAUGCUGCAAGAAAUGACCCUAUUCACAAUAUCUAAAGAAUCCAAGCAAAAGAAGAAUGUUACCAAGUGAUAUUUAAAUUUGAAUAAUUACUUUAUCUGCUACCAUUAUUUGGAAUCAAUUUUUUUUCAUAAAUAUAAUAGAG